GGGCUCUUCCGCGCGGCUGGUGGAGCUGCCUGGAUGGACUGGCAGCAGGGACCCAGGCGAGGAAGAAGGGCUGCUAGGCUGCCUCCGGGUCGGUUUUGGCCCGCCUCAAAACGAGGACGCCGAGCUAAGGACUUUCGCCCCCUCGCCAAGAAGGGGACCCUCGGUCCACCAGGAACCCGGCUCGGGAGCAGGAGGGUCGCGCCCCGCCGGGUCUGCGUCGGGAGUGUUAUUUUUGGGGGAGCGGCGGAAAAACAACCACCUCCUCUCGUCCCUUCCGAAAGCGCCACGGAUUGCCUGAGGAGCCCGGGAAGUGAAACGCCAUGAGCCACAACCAGCCUCGCCAAAACGGCUCGCCGGUCGGCGGGGCGAGGCGGAACGACAGCCGGGACUAUCUGCUCAUGGACUCGGAGCCGUGCGAGGAGAACUGCGGGGGGUCCUACGCUUACUUCCCGGCUAGAGGCAUUGAGAACCGACAUGCCCUCCGACAACAGACUUUGGUCCGAGAUAAGGGCAGGAGGCUUGCAAACCGAGGCCCAGCGUAUAUGUUUAAUGACCACUCGACCAGCCUUUCUGUUGAAGAGGAGCGUUUUUUGGAAGCAGCGGAAUAUGGAAAUAUCCCUGUCAUUCGUAAAAUGCUGGAAGAAUGUGUUGCGCUGAAUGUGAACUGUGUGGACUACAUGGGGCAAAAUGCGCUGCAGCUGGCAGUGGCAAAUGAACACUUGGAGAUCACUGAACUUUUGCUUAAGAAGGAGAACCUUUCACGUGUUGGGGAUGCCCUGCUUUUGGCCAUUAGCAAAGGGUACGUCCGAAUAGUGGAAGCCAUCUUAAGUCACCCUGCGUUUGCUGAAGGCAAGAGGCUAGCCACGAGUCCCAGCCAGUCAGAGCUCCAGCACGACGAUUUCUAUGCCUAUGACGAGGACGGGACACGCUUCUCUCAUGAUGUCACCCCCAUCAUCCUGGCCUCUCACUGCCAUGAGUACGAAAUUGUGCACACCCUGCUGAGGAAAGGGGCGCGGAUCGAAAGGCCGCACGACUACUUCUGCAAAUGUAGCGAAUGCAAUAAGAAACAGAAGCAUGACUCUUUCAGCCAUUCCAGGUCCAGGAUCAAUGCAUACAAAGGCUUGGCCAGCCCUGCUUACCUUUCCUUGUCUAGUGAAGAUCCAGUCAUGACGGCGUUAGAACUCAGCAAUGAGCUAGCUGUGCUUGCUAACAUUGAAAAAGAGUUCAAGAACGAUUACAAAAAACUGUCCAUGCAGUGCAAGGACUUCGUCGUUGGGCUCCUAGACCUGUGCAGAAACACAGAAGAAGUGGAAGCUAUCUUGAAUGGCGAUGCUGAGCUGAACCGUGGGGAGCACAAACGUCCUAGCCUUAGCCGCUUAAAACUCGCCAUUAAAUAUGAAGUGAAAAAAUUUGUAGCACACCCCAACUGCCAGCAGCAGCUCCUCUCUAUCUGGUAUGAAAAUCUGUCAGGUUUACGACAACAGACCAUGGCGGUGAAGUUUUUGGUGGUGCUUGCUGUUGCGAUUGGGUUGCCAUUCCUGUCGGCGGUUUACUGGAUUGCUCCGUGCAGCAAGGUGGGCAGGAUAAUGCGUGGACCUUUCAUGAAGUUUGUGGCACACGCUGCCUCUUUCACCAUUUUUCUGGGGCUGCUAGUCAUGAAUGCAGCAGACAGAUUUGAUGGCACCAAAAUAAAACCUAAUGAAUCGAGGACUGACAAUGAAGAACAGCUGUUCAGGAUGAAAACCUCUUGCUUCUCCUGGAUGGAGAUGCUUAUUAUCUCUUGGGUAAUAGGUAUGAUAUGGUCUGAAUGUAAAGAAAUUUGGUCUCAAGGUCCCAAGGAGUACCUCUUUGAGUUGUGGAAUAUGCUAGAUUUUGGUAUGCUAGCUAUUUUUGCUGCCUCCUUCAUUGCAAGGUUUAUGGCAUUUUGGCAUGCCUCCAGAGCCCAAAGCAUUGUUGCGAAAUCAAACAUGUCGGCUGCAGCACUAGACCCCAACAUAAAGUACUACACUUUGGCUAGAAUAGACUGGGAUCCAUCCGACCCUCAAAUCAUAUCCGAAGGCCUGUAUGCAAUCGCCGUGGUUUUAAGUUUUUCAAGAAUUGCUUACAUUCUACCAGCCAAUGAAAGCUUUGGACCUCUGCAGAUAUCCCUUGGCCGAACUGUGAAAGACAUAUUCAAAUUCAUGGUCAUAUUUAUCAUGGUGUUUGUGGCCUUCAUGAUAGGAAUGUUUAAUCUCUACUCCUACUACUUGGGGGCAAAACAGAAUGAAGCAUUCACUACAGACAGGGCAUUUUCCUCCAGUGGUUUUGGCAGUCCUCCUGUAAAGACUUUUGUCCUCCUUUCUGUUUUCCAGCUAGGCCAAAGAAAGCACUCAAGUAUCAAAAGCACAGAUGACCUCAAUUUAAACAGCUUAAGUAACCCUCAAAGGAAGUAUCAGAAAAUUAUGAAACGUCUUAUUAAAAGAUAUGUCCUGAAAGCUCAAGUGGACAAGGAGAGUGAUGAAGUCAAUGAAGGUGAGCUGAAAGAAAUUAAGCAGGACAUCUCAAGCCUGCGUUAUGAACUCCUUGAAGAAAAAUCACAGAACACAGAAGACCUGGCUGAACUAAUCAGAAAACUUGGGGAGAAACUGUGCAUUGAGCCAAAACAGGAACAAAUUAACAGAUAACAGAAACUUCUUUCUUGAUGAGAAACUCCAAAUUGAUAAUCCACUAAAAGCCAUAUCAAUUGGUAUCUUAUUUUUCCCUCAAAUAUAGUUGACAUUUUUAGAGCAGAUUGCAAAAGAAGAUACAUCUUGAAGGCAGUCUGUUUAUGUGUAACUGAAGGAAACCAUUUGAGCAGAGGUAUUUAAUCCCAUUUAUAGAUGAAAGAUCAGCCUAUUUUGUGUUGAUAAUAGUAUCGACAGACAAAACAUGACCUGAGCAGCAUCACAAUUAAAGAUGGAGCUGCUUGUUUUGAAACCAAGAUGCUGCUCCCCCCAAUCACACACACACAGUAAUCAAAUCCAGAUUUACUUGGAAGUAGAUUCCUUUGAAAUCUACAGGAUUUCCAAAUAACAUCAUUUAAGAAUGGAGUUCUAAUCACUUUGAAAACCCCCCAGAAAAUAAAUUAAGAAAGGAUGUAGGAACAUAAGAAAAGCCCCGUUGGAUCAGACCAGUGCUUCAUCUACUCCGGCAUCCUGUCUCAUAAGUUGCUAUGGAGGGCCAGCAAGAGGGCAUAGAGACUUAUCUGUAUAAAUUCUUGGGAUGGGUGAAGGAAAAGCUCAUCAGCAGAAGGACUAUGAUGUUACUAUAGCUUUACCAGACUUUUGUACUACACCAUCAUAAGCAUACACCCAGGUACAGAUCCCAGGAGUGUAUCCCAUAUCAAUUUAAUGGUUGUGGUUUUUCCUGGAAACUUCCUGAGUAAAGGUACUGGUGUCCUUUGUUUUCUUCAGAGAACUGCAGAGGAAUAGUCACUCAUCCAGUAUUAUGGAUACACUCUGAGGUAGGGAUUCCAGAAGUCUUUAUAUCCAUCCUAUAAAACUUAAGGCAUUUCACUCCUCAAGCAUAACAGAAGAAUGUUGUCCACUUUAGGAAUUUUUAGAACUUUGGUUUUGGAGUUAUCUUUAUACUGGGGUGGGGGCGGUCCCAUAUGUCUGAAACCAAUCAGUUUAGAGAGAUACCCUGUAUAUUGUGUCCCUGUAAGCCCCAUCCCACCCUUCCCAUGGUGUCAACUCAAGCCGAUUUAUGGCAACCUCAUACGAUUUUCAAGGUGAGGAACAUUCAGAGAUGGUUUGUCACUGUUUAACCUGUACAUCCUCUUCAGCAAAUUUUGUCCUGCAGUAUGAUCCUACCACUACCAUAGCUUCUGGAUUCUAUGGAUUACUGGCAAGGAGUUGGUAGUGGCAUAUUAGAGCUGCGAUCUGCCACCAGCCUUGAGUUUACAGUAAUUGGAUGCAGAUGGCUAUUUUAAUAUAUGCUCCUGAUAAGUGCUUAAAUCCUUCUUGCCUCUUCACAAGAUGAGGUAGACCACUAGGAUUCCCUGGUAUGAGGGACUUACCCUGGGGCAAUUUGUCCAUCUGCGUAGGCUACAGGCACUCAAGCCUAAUAGCAUGGAGAGGUCCUGACACAGUCACUUCUUAUAGAUGUACUUUUGUAAGAAUUUGUUUUCCCUAAUGAAGCAAGUCUCCUUCCCUUUAAUAUCAGGUUCCAUAAGUCAUAAAGCCCUGGUCAUCAACUAGAUUGGUAGAUGACUAAACUGGUACUAAGCAGUGAUCAUAUUCUUUGGUGGUCCCUUUUUCCUAUGGCAUCCGCCAUCUAAUACCUUCACACGAGCCCACCCAUUCUAAUUUUCUCCUCUGAAUACCAGAAGUACCCCAAAAGCAUCCAAGUUACUCACAAAGGUCGUGGCCAAUACAUUGUUGCAGCCAGUUUCAUGCCAGUGUGAAGGUAGUAAUGGUGGUGGACAUUAGAGGAGCCAUAUGAAUUGUUACGUAGCAACACUGAAGUGUCCCUUGGUGAGAAGAGAAGAGAAGAGGAAGAGAAGAGAAGAGAUGGACGGUGUUUCCCUCGUUUCUUAGCACAUGAAGUCUUUCAUGUGAAUUAUCUCACUCUUGACUUAUAGAAACAAGGGCCACUGAGCCAAAAUGGAACUAACAGAAUUUCAGGAAGCUGGGAGGUUUGAGGGAUGAUUUUCUUGGGUUGGCUUUCUUUAUCUCUUGUUUGGGAUGUAUUCUUUGAAAAUUAUUGUCCUUGUCUCCCAUUUAUAGCAAGAGUCUAAAAACCUCCUACUCGUGCAGUGCAACCAUUUUAUAUUCGUAUUCUUGAUCUAGUGCCAUCUGGGAAUUUUUUUAUAUGGAGAUGGUUAUUUUAAUGGCCAUAGCUGACUCAGGCCAGUUAUGGUUCAGCUGGAAGACUAUGGAGCUGGAUGAAAUUGCCUUUGACAGUUUCGGAAGAUAUAAUGGAAUGAGGUUCUUGGAGAAUUUGCCUGGCAUAAACCGUGGCAGACCGGACUCUAAACCCUCUUCAAGGUUUAAAUACCUUUCAGCUGCAAGCCAAACAACCGAAAAGACAGUUUCCUUGAUGAAAUAUUGGUUACUGUUCGGAAAGCAAAAAUUAUUUUGACUGUGUUCUAAAGCGUGAUAAGAUACAGUAAUGCAUUUUGUUUUGUUAUUUUGCUUUUGCAUGAAACCAUCAUGUCGAGACGAUAACUGUAUUAGGAAUCUUCAGUCGAAAAGAGUUAGCCUUAACUACCUGGUCAAGUACUAGACUCGAGCAUAUGGAUAGAUCCAUAUAAUACAGCGUGAGCCAGAGGCUCAGUGUACUCAGGGUGUGGAAGCUUUAAAGGCCUGUCUCAGGAAUGGCAAACAAAAUGAGAUUUAUUUGGUGUUUCUUUGGGAAAAGAGCUUAGAUCAGAUGUAUUGUAAAAAAUAUAGGAAAGCACAAGGGUAGAAGUUGUAAAAACUAUGAGAUGUGGCCAUCCUUAACAAAUUGCCUUAGAACGCCGGUCCCUGUAUUUUCUCCAGCAACUGGGGGGUGGGAGGGGACAGACCACCAGAAGGAUAUUUUGAACAGAAAAAUAGCAGCAAGAGAAAUGGCUGUAUAAUCCUUCCUCAGCGAUCCUCCCAAUUGCAGCAUCUGAGACCGAUUUUAAUUUUUUAACUGUUUGUUGAUGAAUCAUGCAACUGAGCUUUUUGUAUUGUUUGGCCCUCACUUGGGGGUGGGAACAGAGAAGCCUGAGAAACAUAGCCAGUAAUGUGUGAGCUGAGGUCAUAUCCACAGUCCAAUAAAACUUGAAAAAAAAUUGUGGCAAUUUUUUGACAGCUUGGAAAGUGUUCCUAAAGGUAGAAAACUUGAAAGCCACG